AUGGGGUGGAUGAGUCGAUUUCUGGCGGCAGUGACAUUCUUGGCGAUCGGAGUUAUUUUCUCGCCGGAAACCUUCGGGUCAAAAUCGGACGGUCAGCAUACGCCAAAGCUCAUCACCUUCCUCAAACUGGCCCACCUCCUCUGCUUUUCCACAGCCUGGGGCGCUGCUUUAUGGGUCACCUUCAUCGGCGGCAUCAUAAUGUUCAAGAAUUUACCGAGGCAUCAGUUUGGUAAUUUGCAAAGCAAGAUGUUUCCGGCAUACUUUUCGAUGGUUGGUGUGUGUUGUGCUGUGUCGGUGGUGUCUUUUGGCUACUUACAUCCGUGGAAGACUUCGUCCACUUCCGAGAAGUACCAGCUUGGUUUCCUUCUCGCUGCUUUCGCAUUCAAUCUUACCAAUCUUUUUGUCUUUACGCCGAUGACCAUUGAGCUGAUGAAGCAAAGGCACAAGGUGGAGAAAGAGGUGAAUAUUGGAGAAGAAGUUGGGGGGACUAAGAAUCAAGAAGUUGCAAAGGCAAGUCCAAAACUUGCAUCAAUGAACAAGAAAUUUGGAAUGAUUCAUGGACUAUCUUCUCUUGCUAAUAUCAUGUCUUUUGGUAGCCUCGCGAUGCAUUCGUGGUAUCUGGCGGGUAAAAUCGAUCUUUAA